GAGAGACAGAGAGAGAAAGAGAGAGAGAGAGAGGGGGAGGGAGAGAGAGAGGAGGGAGAAAGGGGGAGGGACAGAGAGAGAAAGAGAGAGAGAGAGACA